AUGGUUUUGCCAAACAAUGUUGAUCUACUUAAUCCCCCGGCUGAGUUGGAGAAGAGGAAGCAUAAGCUCAAACGACUUGUUCAAUCUCCGAACUCUUUCUUCAUGGAUGUCAAGUUCCAGGGUUGUUUCAACAUAACAACCAUAUUCAGCCACUCUCAAACGGUGGUGGUGUGCGGAAACUGUCAGACGGUGUUGUGCCAUCCGACUGGUGGUCAUGCAAGACUCACUGAAGGAUGUGAAUCAGACCGUCUUCUCACUGUUAAGCUUCUAUUAGUUGGUUUCUUUUGCCUAUCAUGUCAGUUACUGUUAAGGAUUGACUGUAAUAGAAAGGCCAGGUAUCUUCAAGAUGCUCGUCUUGCUAUUUUCGAGGUCUCGUCUGCUCGUCUUGCUGUUUCCGAGGUCUCGUCUGCUCGUCUUGUUGUUUCCGAGGUCUCGUCGGCAUCUUCCAGACUCCAGAAGUCUCUCUAG